UGAGAACAUUCAGCUUUUGCCAAAAAAAAUAUUUGUAGCCACUUCAAAAAUGCUCAUUUUCGAAGAAAUACUUUAUCCUAACCCUGUAUAAACUAGCAUAUAUUUCAUAUUUUCAGGAUUACUGGGAUGGUGUUUUGGGGAAUCAAGGCCUACCCCUUUGGCUAGGUUACCUUCCAAAAAUAAUGCUGGCAGUGAUAAUUUCCUUGAUGGAUGAGGCCUAUUUCAAAAUUGCAAUUUGGUUAAAUGACAAAGUUCCAAUUCGUCAAUUCCUUCCUUUCUCUCUUCUACAUCGCGUUCUAUCUACAAGACCAAGCACGCCUGAAAGAGCAACUGGCGGCGUUGCUCAUAGCCCGCCAAGUGAUCGGCAAUCUGAAGGAAUCCGCUCUUCCUUACCUGCUCGAGCACAUGCGAUUGGCUAAGAUGAGCUUCGACCUGUGGGGCGCUCUGAGCCCCGUGGGGCGCAAAUCUUUGCCGGGGCAAGAAGAGGAGACGCCUAACGGCGGUACCAACGAUGACGGGGUGGAUCAGCCGAACGCCAAACGGACUAUGAGUCAGGCUGAGUUGGAGAGCACCCUAUACAAGUACGAUGGAACCUUCGCCGAUCACCUUGAGAUGACCAUUCAAUUAGGUUAUGUCAUCCUCUUUUCUUCCGCAUUUCCUCCUGCCGCUCUAUGUGCCAUGCUGAACAACCUUAUUGAAAUCCGAAGUGAUGCUUUCAAACUAGCAUAUGUGUGCCAGAGACCGUUCGGACAGAGAGUGCCCAAUAUUGGAACAUGGCAGAAUUGCAUGGAAUACAUGAGCAUCAUGGCCGUCUUGGUGAAUUGCGCCCUGAUAGGGCUAUCCGGCCAAGUACAUCGAAUGUUUUCGGAUAUGACGGCGACUCAGACGAUACUGUUGAUCGUCGCUCUAGAGCACAUCAUGCUGGUGAUACGGUUCAUCAUCACUUGCGCCAUACCAGAUAUACCAGGAUGGUUAGCUACCGAAAUGGCUAAGAUCGAAUGGGCUAGAAGAGAGGCUGGCAGAAUCACGAAUAGUACCCCGACGCCCGAAGAAACUACGUCUAAUCUCAUCGGAAGGUUCUCCGUUUCUCCGAGCCACUCCAUCGUGCAGACGACCGAGAACCUGCGAAGGUCCGCCGAGAAGUUGAAACGGUCCACGGAGAAGCUGAAGCAGGAAAUCGAAUCGGCGAAGGAUGCUACGCCGCUGACGACCCCCACCACACCGGGCGCGUCCACCUCGGGUCACAGGAAUACAGGGGGAGUGACCAUCGACAAGAUACCGGAGAUACCGCCGUUCAGGCCCAGGCAGACCAAAGAAUGGAGCACGGCUGAGGCUGAAAACACGCAUCACCUCACUAUCGGGCCUGGAGGGGCUAUAGAAUGGGCCAGAAGGCUCAAAGAAGAGGCCGACAUCCAUCGUAGUACUGAUUGCAUAGCGCCUAAAGAAUCGCUGUUCCGCAGGACGCGUCCAGCUCCGACUCGGACCUGCUGAAGGGCGGGCCGAUGUGGCCGCCCAGGCCGCGGUCGCCGCCCAACCCCGUGCCCGCCCGGGCACGGCCCAUGCUGCCGGCCGACCCGUCGCUCAGCGACAGCGCCAAAAGCGCGUCGUCCAGCCAGGAGGCGGUCGACGAGGUGGCCAGAGCUGCCGAAGAACUGGCAGCGAAAAAGACCCGAGUGAAGCAGAGUUUGAUGAAGCGCGCGCGGUCCGUGGCUAUUUUCUCGCUAAAGCUGAAGGAGCGGCGCGCCCGAGAGGCCCAAGAGAAGGCGGCGAAGACCUCGGUGACACCGCCCGCCGCCCAGCCUCUGCCGCCGCCCCAGCAGGGGGGCGAAUUGUCUUGCAUCCCCAUCGAAAUGCUCAUACAACUCGAGGAUAUCAAGCAUCCCCAAAGGCCGAAUAAUAGUCAAAGUGGCACAUUGUAGCAUUCUUCGUCGAGGAAUUUCUAAUUUGUUUCUAUGAGAGUUACAUCUGAAAAGUAUAUAUUUGUACAGUAAAAAUAUGAGGCUGAGAGACCUUUCAAAUGUAACUUUGGAUCGCCUUUAUCAUUUCAUAAUGUUCCAAUGAAUUGUUGAAUUGUAUAAUUUCAUUCACAAAGUAUACAAGUACUUAGGUUGUGCCGUAUUGAAACUUGUCAAGCCAAAAAUCCUGGAAGAUGCAUGAAAAACUUAGUGCAAAAACACGCACCAAUGCGUCUACUUGUUCGGACCCCUCACUAGUACUUAGGGAAAUAAUUUCACAAGAAUAUCUAAACUCUAGCAAUAAAUGUAUGUUUUCAAGCUACACAGUUGUUGACGAAAUUAUAUUGAAUAGAUAGUCGCAUAAGGUUGUUUUAGAUUAUUUUUUUAUAAUACAUGUAGUCGUGGACGUUGUUGUUGUUGUCACAUUAGAUUAAGACUGUACAAGGUGUAGUAACCAUUAUAUAGUUUUCAGAAGUUGAAAAUUUUGUGUGCGAAUUAUGCCGCCAGAGGUUUAUUUUUAUAAAAUUGUUUUUUUAGUGUAUUGUUUCAGCUCAUUGAAAUAAAACAGCGAAGUACAAUAAUUAUUCAUAGAUCGACGUGAGCAAUAGGAAAUUUUCACACUAAUAUCAUGCUACUCACCGAUUGAGUCAAACCUGAAAUAUUUUGGGUGUAAUCAGAGAAUUUCGUUAGCAGAAUUUACAUUUCAGGAAAUAUUUCCAUAAAGGAAAUGGUGAUGAAUUUCUGAAAGGCGCAAAUUAAAAUUACAUGGAUGUGUUGAAUCCGAGAAAGAAUUCGAUCCUCAGUAAUAAGGUAAUGCCAUUCUAGACGAAACUUCCUCCCGUUGAAAGGAAAUGUUUAUUCAUUUUUUAUAAUUGUUUAGGUAUGAACGUUGCCUCAAAAAGAAUUGAAA